CACAGAAGCGUCAAAAAGUCGAGUUCCCAAUAACUCAGGAUGCCUUCUAAGCUCGAUCUCAUUAUAUUCACCGAGAUUAUCAUCGUGACAUUUACAUGAGCCGUCGUGAUUGGCAUACCAUUAGGCUUGAUAUGGCAGGUCUGAUGUGUCCGGACUAGCGGAUAUAUGGGGGGAUUCCUCAUUCCAACUCGAAAUCGAGCCAGCUAGUCAUGCUGCACCACCGCCCAAGUACAGUUACCAUACGCUCUCUAGUACCGACUCAGCAAUCCGCCUUAUCCCGAUUCAAGCACCGGAUGGGAGCCACGAUUACGAGCUCAUGGCGUGCUCCAUGGAAGAAAUACCACUGGCCUCAGCUCCCUCUUUCACCGCACUAUCCUACGCGUGGGACUCUGAACAUGGAACCGACCCGACCAUCUGCGAUGGAGGUCUCAUUUAUGUGACAAAGAACUGUGUCGCUGCGCUCAAAAAUUUCUGCAAGGACAAAAGCUCAAACAAGCGGAUGUGGAUUGCCAUCAUUGGCGACAUCUACAAGAAGGUGACUCGCGUCCGAGUGUGGCUUGGUGAACAGGACGAGUCUAAUGCUCUAGUUUGUGAGUACUUUGAGAAGGUCGCUGGGUUUGGUGGCCAUUGGAAGGAUGAACAGAGUCCAGAAGAUGUCGCACUAGACUUGGCCCGAAAAUUGCCACGGCUAACGAGGAGUAUGGUGGGUUUAUUUUCCAGGUCUUGGUUCACCAGGGCAUGGCCAGUUCAAGAAGUUGCGCUCCCAGACCCGGAUCUCGUCAGGGUGAUCUGCGGUAAUAGAUGCCUCAGCCUUUACAGCCUCCGUAUGGGUUGGGAUGUCCUAAAGAAGCUCAAGGUGCUCCCUGCCUCUGCCAGUGUUGAUCAAGCUGUGUCUCUGCAGUUUUAUCUGGCAGAUGCCAUUGCUUUGAAAAGGGGUGUUGCAAUUCAUGAACCUGGGCAUCCUCGCACCGGACGGACCAUGCGCCAAAAAAGAGCUUACCAGUCGCUCCUGAUGGGUCUGUCUCAGUUUUCCUUCACAGCCGGCAUGAAUGCCAUGCGCUUCAAGUCCUGCCAAGAGGCAAAGACAAGUUGUUUUCUCUCUAUGGUGUUUUCAAGUAGCUUGAGAUUGACCACGGGAUUCCCAUCACGACGUGGGCCGUCACUGAUGCUGAAGUCUUCGAAGCUGUUACGCUGGCUUGCUUCAGAUUUGAUGGAAACGUGGAUGCCAUCCAUCCGGCUUGCACAGCAGUCAAAUUCUUACAUGCGGCUCUUCAACAACGUUCUUUCUCACGCCAGUCACAAUCUGUAUAACCUUGUAUCCAGUUCUCUAUGUUCUAUAACGCGCCGGUUGUUAAUGGCUACAAACAACCUUCGAGCUGGACGAGACAAAUCUUAUACCACGGAAACAGAGGGUCUCAUCACUUUGCCCUCUUGGACACCCGACUGAACACAACCUAUACCGGCGCGCAUCGCCUCUACUCGACACUUGGACACGUUUGUCUCUGUCUCGAUAUCUCAGCCCACAAACGAAGCCGUUCGAUACGAGCUCAACAAACAGUCUUUACUAGUGGAAGCUAAAGUCUUCGGCAGUGUGGAAGAGGUUGGAACCGUAAAUUCGGUCCAGCUGGUAUGGCAGAUUUUAUCCAUCUCCAUGAUCAACCAAGAAAGCCACUUCUGCAAAAAUCUGCUCCAGACCCUGUCUUGAGCGCUCUGGCCGAAACGUUGAUAAAUCUGACUUGGAGGUCACAUAUUCGCCAGAUUCUUGUCUCACUUCGAAUGGCCUCCCGCACUCUGGGAGAAUUUGACGUUAUAGCCUACGCAAUCUCAGCCUAUACAUCACACACCUACCUCACUCCAAGGGCCUUUCAGUUUCUCCGUUCCUGGAUUACCACAGUGGCUUCCUGCCCUUGUGAUGGCGCGCGCAUGAGACUUGUUUCUGGCUUCAAGAUCCAGCCGAUGUUAGAAACAAACGCAAUCUCCCAGGCCUUCGGGGUCUUUUUCAAGGGCAGGUCGUACAUAAACCAAAACAUGUGGCGCCAGUCUGCCGGCGAUGUCGUUUUCAUCACCGGCGGCUUACUAGGAGUUUCGCGUCUCGAGAAUCGAGACCUCGUUAAGAACUAGCUAUCAAGCAUUGAUACGCUACUUGUCUCCCCGCUCAUGGGCCGCUUGGUUUCAGAGGUCAUACAGAAAUCGAGCAUGUUUCUCGGGGACACCAGCCUGUACCUCUUCGCCUGGCCGUUCGGUGUCAUCGCCAACUCCGGAUUUCUGGUGGCAUUUGCUGUUCACCUUUGGAAGUUCCUGUGGUUCCUGAAAUUGCCCGUGUUGGCAGCAGUCACUGCCCUUGCCAUUAGCUUCUCGCAAGACAGAAGUCCCGUCUGCGUGCCUGCUAGUUUAGUCCGAAUCUUGGGGUGGUUUCGAGAGUCUGGAUCAUCCGGAAUAUAUGACAGCCGGGGGAUUCGCUUUUUUGUUACGGAUACGGGAUACACUGGGAGCAACAGCCGUAUGCUAGCACUGGAUCAUGGUGAUUACUUGGUGCAGCUACGAGGCUGCACCGUGGGUUGUGGUUACUUGAUUCUGAGAUCUGGGAACGACAACAAGACAAUGUCAUACAGCGUUGUUAGUGCGGCGUAUGUUGGUAAAGGCCCCCUACCAGAGACUCAGACACCUGGGGAGAUGGUAUGGGAAGAGAUAUGGUUACGUAGAAUCCAUAAGACCACAGUUUCGCGAUAUACCUAACACACCACACCUAUUCAGUUGUUCACCCUGUCAUUCUCAUUCUUCUGUACAGCUAUUUCACCAUGCUUUCGGCACCUUUAAAUCACAGGCAUUAUAACGUGCUUACUAACCACUGC